CAUUCAAAGCUAUAUAAUCCGUUGUUUCUCUCCAGAUUCUCGUCCAGAUUGGCAAAAUUCAAAAAUAACGGUGCACGCGUUGCCGCUCCGCGCGAAUCGAUUAUAAUCGAUUGUUUAGCAUGGCUCGCAGGACCAUGUGUGACAACUUUGCGGCGCAAGCGAUCGCCGUCCUCGGCAAGAAGAAUGUCAAUAGCGGCCAAAGUCACCUUCGUUUCGUGUUGCUGCGUGUCCUUUGGAAUAAUAGCAUAUGUGCAUUAUAAGCAGUCGUACGACAGGCAGCAACUUCAUUUGGGAGUCGUGCGAGACAUCGAACGACAAGAGCGUCGGAAGGCAGAAAAUGUCUACAUCCUGCAGCAACAGAUCGAGUUAACCAAGGAGUUGCGCAAGGAACGGGCGAUUCAAAGGACCGAUACGUAGGGUGACGCUGCGUCCUGCUCGAGUGUCGAGCUCUUCCUGUAGUAA